AUGCCGCCAAAGAGGUCUGCAGCGCCCAAGAAGGCCGCCUCGGCAAAGACCGGCUUCAAAGCCCAGUCCAAGGCCAGAAACGUGCAGUCAAAGGCCAGCCUCAAGAAGCAGAAGAGCAAGCAGCAGCAGCGCAGGCCCCGCGAUAGGGAGAGCGGCGCUGCAGGCGACGGCGAAGAAGGCGACUCGGACGAAGAGAGCGCCAUCAGCGACUAUGCCGACAGCGACGAGGUGUCUCAGGUCUCUUCGGACGACGACCGCCAGGACGACGGCGACGACGAUGCCGCCACCGACGACGAGCACGCCGAUGCACCGCGGGCAAAGAAGCCAAAGACUGUCGCUGCUUCCAGCUUCGCCUUCCUCACCAAUCUCGAAAAGGACAAGUCGAAGCCGCUGACGAAAAAGGAGGAGAACAAGCUGCACGCCAAGCGCAACAAGAACGACAAGCUCGAGCUCGCAGAGGCGAAGAAGCGCAUCAAGGCAGAGCAGCACGCCGCACGGCUCAGGGAGCAGGAGGAGGAAGAGGCGGAAGAGGAGGGCUUGUCGGACCUCAGCGGCAUGUCGGACCUCGACGAAGAGGACGACGACCUUGACCAGCAGUCGAUCGGGUCCGAGGACUGGGAGGAGCACAGCGACGUCAGCGAGGGCGAGGCGGUCGAGCAGAGCGACGACGAGCGAUCCGACGAACCGACAAUAGCGGCCAAAGGCAAGAAGAGGAAGGCGGGCCAGGACGACGACGACGAAGGCGACGACGACGAGGCUCGCGUUCUGGAACGGCUACGAAAGAGGAAGGCACGCGAGGAGCUCGAGGCGCUCAAGGCGAAGGAGGCCAAUCGCAACAAGCGCCUCCCCAUCCGGACGGCCGACGGCCAGAUCGUCGAGGCCGACGAGAGCUCCGACGACGACGCAAACACAGCUCCCGAUGCGCGGCCAGAGCAUCGAGACGGGGACGACGACAUGGACGGCCUUGAUGAGGAUGACGGGGACGACGACGCGGAGGAGGCAGCACACAAGGACAGCCGCGCCGUCCACGCACCGCUGCGCGAGGACAGUCCAUCAUCAUCGCAGGCCGCCGAAGAAAUUGAGGCAAGGGCGAGGGCCAACGCCACGCCUCACUCCUCGAUGCUACAUUCGACGAGAUUCAACUUGACGGCCCCCUACGAGAUCUGCCUCCUCGGCUUCACACCGCCCUCUGCGGCCGCCGCCGUCAAGGGCAAAGCCAAGGCCCAGGCCAAGGCCGAAGCCAACGCCGCCGCCGCCAGGCGCAUGCAGAUGAUCCAGCUGGCGAGGAACCAGAUCGCCUCGCUCGCCUCGCAGAUUGUGGCCGAUCCCGAGGUCAGCCUCAACCUGCUGCGGAGGCUGGCCGUCUUCUCGGAGCGCACGGUCCAGCCCCCGCCAGAGCAGGUGGCGCAGAUCAAGAUGGAGCAGGCGCAGUACAAGAAGCUGGUCGCCAAGCACGGAGGCGUCGCACCGGCCGGCGCAACUCCGCCGAGGCCGCUCAAGGUGCAGAUUGACCCGGCGAUCCGCCAGCUCUCGCUGCUGUCGAUCCUCGCCGUCCUGCUCGACAUCCUGCCGGGCUACCGCAUCCGGUCGCUUUCGGAAAAGGAGCAGGAGGAGCAGGUGGGCCAAGAAGUGGCGCGACGCCGCGAGUACGAGCAGGGGCUCGUGUCGACCUACCGCGACUUUCUCGAGCUGUGCGAGCAGGAGGUCAAGGACCGCGACUCGCCGCUCCAUGCCUCGGCGCUGCGGUGCCUGACGACGCUGGCCACGCGGGCGACGCACUUCAACUACCGCGACAAUGUGCUGCAGUGCGUCGUGGCGCGUAUGAGCCGGCGGCGGUGGGGCAAGGACGAGGAGAGCUGCUACGAGGCGCUGGUCGAGGUGGUGCGCGAGGAUCGGCAGGGCGCCGUGUCGUACGAGGUGGUCCGGCUGAUCCACCGUAUGACCAAGGAGCGGCGGUUCAAGGUCAACUCGCGCGUCCUCGACAUCCUGCUCGAGCUGAGGCUCAAGGACGAGCUCGGCACCAAGCGCGCCAGCACCGAGACGGCGUCGGACCCGGUUAAGGAGGCCGAAAAGGAGCGCCAGGAGCGGGAGCGCAAGCGCAUCCAGAACAAGGUCGGCAAGGGCAAGGCGACGCCCAAGGAGGUGCGCAAGGGGCUCGGCCAGCACCUCAGCAAGAAGCAGAGCAAAAAGAUGAAGGAGCUCAAGGCCAUCGAGGCCGAGAUGAAGGAGGCCGAGGCCACCGUCGACCUCCAGGAGCGUGAAAAGCACCAGACCGAAACCCUCAAGCUGCUCUUUGUCCUCUACUUCACCAUCCUCAAGGCGCCGAUCGGUUCGAUCCCGCUCCACCUGCUCGGAUCCGCCCUCGAGGGCCUGUCGCGCUUCGCCCACCGCGUCAACGUCGACUUUUUCCGCGACCUGCUGGCCGUGCUGCGCGUCCACAUCACCGAGGCCCGGAAGCGCGUGCAGAGCGACGUCGACCGCUUUGCGAGCCUCGACCGGCUGUCGCAGAGCAAGAAAGCUGGCGACGACAACGCCGAGUCGAGCGACGAGGAGGACGCGCCCUCCGACGUCGAGGGCGACGGCGGCGACGAGGAGGAGCGACGCGAGAGGCGGGAGCAGAGCUCUGACCUGGUGCACCGCUCGAUCCGCCACGCGCUCCUCUGCCUCAACACAGCGUUUGAGCUGCUGAGCGGCCAGGGCGACGUGCUCAAUUUGGACCUGUCGGACCUGACGACGCACCUCUACGCGCUGAUGCUGCCGCUCUCGACGCUGCCGGACCUGGAGCAGGAUCCGGACUCAAACAACCCGUACAGCUUCGGCGCCAAGCCCGAGGUCGACACCAAGCGGGCCGUGUACGGGCAGGAGAAGCGGUCGAUCAAGCACAACACACGCAAGACGCUUGCCGACCUCCUGUUCCGCUCGCUCGACCUGGUCCUCCUCUUCCCGCCGCCGCGCUCGAUCCCGAUCGAUCGCUCCGCGUCGUUUGUCAAGCGGCUGUGCAUCAUUGCGCUGCAGCUGCCGCCCGCAUCGGUGCAGCGCUCGCUCAAGCUGGUGGCCAAACUGAUCGCACGCGAGGACCGGCUGCUGGCCCUGGUUGACACGACGGACCGCGCAAAGGACGGCGUGUACGACCCCGUCGCCGCGAACCCGGAUGCCACGGCCGGCGGCGUGCUCAAGUGCGGAGAGGUGCUGUGGGAGCUCGAGGCGCUGAGGCGGUGCGGCAACCUCGAGGUGCAGGAGCUCGUCGACCGCAUCCGCAACCUCGGCGCGCAGAAGUGA